AAACAAGGCAUUAAAAUUCGUAAGAGUGUAAAGCGGGUAUCGAUAAGAGAAUAACAUGAUUUGACUAUAAAACACUGAGCGGAAGUGACUCCGAAACACACGGCGGUGAGUUGACAGUGCAGAGGGCCAGGCCGUCAAUAACUGGAGGAGCUCUCCGGAAUUGUUCACAACAACAGACAGAGGAAGACGCUUCAGCUCUGACCAAAUAAAGACCAGUCGCGGUUCAGAUCCUGUUUGGCUCGAUCAGACGGAUAGCAGCGUGACCACGGCUCUUCAGGUGUUGUUUGUACGAGGCUAACAUUUCCCUCUUGAUUGUUACAGCCGUGGUGGGUUGGUGAUAUUUUUAUUCAGACCGUUUGGGACUAUGGCUCAACAUGGACAUCAACAUCAUCAUGUAGCCAGUUCCCAAAAAGCACUUAUGCUGGAGAUGAAAAGUCUCCAAGACGAGCCAGUAGAAGGCUUUAAAGUAACUUUGGUGGACGAAUCGGACAUGUACAACUGGGAAGUGGCAAUUUUUGGACCCCCUAAUACCCACUAUGAGGGUGGUUAUUUUAAGGCACGACUCAAGUUUCCUGUUGAUUACCCAUACUCUCCUCCGUCCUUCCGCUUCCUCACCAAAAUGUGGCAUCCCAACAUUUAUGAGAAUGGAGAUGUUUGCAUUUCUAUUCUGCAUCCGCCUGUAGAUGACCCACAAAGUGGCGAGCUGCCCUCAGAAAGGUGGAACCCAACACAAAAUGUCAGGACUAUCUUACUCAGCGUGAUCUCUCUGCUCAAUGAGCCCAAUACGUUUUCACCAGCCAACGUUGACGCCUCAGUCAUGUACCGCAAAUGGAGGGAGAGCAAAGGAAAGGACAGGGAAUACAUAGAUAUCAUCAGCAAGCAAGUAUUGUCCACUAAAGCUGACGCCGAGCGAGACGGAGUGAAGGUUCCCGUAACAUUGGACGAAUACUGUGUCCGUACUCAGGUUCAACCCACAGACGAUGGCUACAAUCUGUUAUACGACGACUAUUGUGAUGACGAGGACUUAGAGGACGAUGAGGAGGAGGAUGAGGAUAACGAAGACUGUUGCUAUGAUGAUGACUCUGGCAACGAGGACUCCUGACCUCCCAGCACUAUCCCAGCUCCCCCCUCAGGCCAUCCCCCCUUCCUUUCACCUCCAUCUCCCAUGAACUGAACUUUGAUUCCGGCGCUUUGUCAUUAUCAUUCACACUCGAACACUGGUGCCCGGUCCUCUAUGUCAGUGCAGUGACAACAUGCACUCUAAAAUAUGCUGAAUGAAAAAGAAAGACACGUUUUUGCUGUUUUUAUAGUUUUUAAAAAAAAAAUAUGUCUCCUGACAGUACAGAUAUGAUCGCAUUUAACUUCCUUUGGUGCUUGUCUACCCUGUUUAUUGAAGAUCAGAACUGGGUUAUUAGAAAGCUUUGAGGGUUUUUUUUACUCUACAGCAGUGCAGAAUGUUACAUUUCAAGUUGGAGCAGGUUACAAUUUAAAAAAUGGCAUUAAUUUACAUAGCAGCUUGAAGCUGACUUGUUCAGUUUUAUUUAGUAAUACUUAACUUUGACAGGUUUGGUCACUUCCCCAUUUAAACCCUGUUUACGUGACCUCUGCCUGACAAGCCGCUUUGCCUCUGAAAUUUUGGAACCUAGGCUGUGGAGGUGCAAAUGGGGAUGCUCUUCUUUUCAGACAGCCAUUAAUUUCCUUGUGCCUUUCUGCAGCUCUAAGUCACAAAGAGACAGCAGGAUGAAACAAGCUAUUACUAAAAGAGAACAACUUACCUGCCAGGAGCAGAUUUUCAGGCUCAUGGGGUCUCAGAUGGAAUUUUGAAUAAGCGGCGCCCUCCCAGUGGAACAAGUUGCAUUUAUUUAUAGCAACACCUGUCUGUCUGAUCUGUUCAGUGUGUGAAAGUUAAUAUCAAUCAUCUGAACUGAGAAACAGUAUUCAGUAUCUCGAUAACACAAAAUGCAUGAUAACACAAAUCUGUACUGUAUUUAAAUCCUACGGAAUCUGUUAGUGUCUCAUAUGCAGCUGUGGACAUGGCUGUAAACUAGAGUAAAGAAUUAGCUCAAGCAAUCCACUAACAGGUUUGUUGAGCAACUCCCCCGGACCAUGUGUGUUUAGAGGGUUUCACUCUUCAGAUGUUGGACUUGUGUUUGUGUUUUUUCAGCAUAGCUCUGUCUCUAUUUAAGGCAAUACGCUGAAUUAAGCAUGCCCCCUAGUGGGAAUAAGUGCAGGGAGAUAAUAAAAACUGCAGCCAUAUUAACAUGGCUAUUUUCAUAGCAAUGGCAGAUAAUUAUAUAGACAGUCCGGGUUCAUUAGUCAAAAAUACAUUUUAGGAUAAAUUAAGUGCGCUCUUACAGCAAUGGGUAAGCAUAAUUCAGCCACAUACAGCUAUUCUCAUUGCUGUGUAAUGUGUCCAGUGAGUGAUUAUUGUUCAUUUAAAGUGCUUAUUGGCUCUUAUUAAGAAGCACAGGAAAUGGGUUUGGCAUGUUAAUGGGGUCUUGAGCAUGAAAAGGAGAAAACAGUUUUUCACCAGCAUUCUUUUUGUGGUGUUUGUGGUUUUGAAAAUGACCAUAAAUGUUAGGUUAAUGUCUACUCAAAUUUCUCUAACACAUGAAUUGUGAAUGGGCUAAGGGUUAUCUGAUUUUUAUGCCUCAAUGUGAUCUUCUAUUUACAAAAUGUGGUGUGAGCUGCAAUAUGUACUGCAAAUGUAUUGUUCAUCAACCACAGAUGUGUUCUUGACUAAAUGAUGAAUGACUAAUGUUCUCUUUUAUGAAUGGAAAAUGCCUCUUGAUGAACUCCUUUUUUCACAAUACCCCAGUUAUGGUCAUACAUUGGAGCUUUGAUUGGUAGAAGCUCCUAAUAGUUCAUGGAAACAGCUCAGGAAUACAGCAAAACAACCAACAGACCAUCUUUCCAAAAGUCACACCUUAUGGCCACAAAAGAACUGUUUACAAUCUCUACCUUGAUAUGCUCAUGUGGAUACUUGGAUGAUCACUUGAUGUUUUUCCUGUUUAUAUUUCCUUUUUUUCUUAUGGUUUAUAAAUCUAUUUAAAAUCUGAAAUAAAGAUCUUUAUUAGA